UAGGUGUUGUUGAUGAUUUGAGGUGAUGAUGACAGAAUAUACCACUUUUGAUUAUGUCUGGACAGUUGUAUUGAAAGUUGACAGUAAAGACCAAAGAACACAAACCUGUCUUCAGUAUACACUGACAGAAAACGACAAAAAACGUUUCCUUGGCGCAUUGGUGGACGAGGGUAAUCCACGAUGCCUCAAGCAAUUUCUUUUGAAAUCAAAAAACCCAGCAGCGGCCAACCUCAAAUUACACAAUGCAGAAUUUAUGCCAGAUGGUCGUUUAAAGCUCACCGUAGAGACAAAGACAAGAAAUAUUACAUUGUUACAGCAAUAUGAUGUUGAGACGUGUGUUUACAAAUGUCUUAAGGAGAACAAUUGUUGGGAUCUAUUGUUGUGCAAAGAGACAGAUGGAAUAUUAUAUCCAGAGGAAUUGCUGAAAGAGUACAAAGAGUUAAAGGAUGACACCAAACAAUAUUGUAAUCCUGACAAGAUGAAGGUUAGGGAUUUUGUCUGGGAUGUUAAUUUAAAAAAGAAAAGUGGAGCUUCGAUGAUUUUUCCCAAAACUGAGAUUCCAAUAUUCAGAGACAUUUUAAAGGAAGGAUUAAAACAUCAUGCGAAUCAAUGCCAAAAUAAAACAUUUGAACUGUAUGAAAUUAGUUUUGAGGAGACAAAAGACGGUGCCAAGUUGAUUGUAACUCUUAACUUUCUGAUUGAUGACGAAAAUAUUUUGCAAACAACAAUAGACACAUUUGAAAAGUGGAUCAGCUCUUCCUUUAAGCAGAAAGGCCAUGAAAAUGUUACUAUUUUCUAUGAUGAAGAUAGUGCUGGGGAAAGAGAAGUUGCAACAAAUAACGUAUGUAAUAAUCCAUGCUCAGAAGUGGGUGUAAAUCUGGACAACUCUCAAACCUCAUAUCCAUUCUUUUCUUCACAUGGAGAAGGACUGGCUUCCACUGAUUCAUCAAAAAGCGAAGCAAACUUUUGUGCUACAGCUGGAGUAUCAACAAUCACAGAUCAGAAAAAUCCCACAAAUGCUUCAUCACACUUUACUUCACAUGUAGAUAGAGAUAGAAUGAGUGACGGUCAACCACCGCAUGAAUGGGAAUUGUUAUACAAAGAAAAACAUAAGCUGACAGCUGAAGAAGAAACCAGAUGUAAAGCUGCACUUCAUAAUGAUUUAAAUAACUUGUUAAAAAUAGAGAAAAUGCAAGAUGUACGUUAUGAUUGUAUCACUGUGACAGAGACGUCUUUGGAGAUCAGAUUUGCUCAGAAUGAUUUAUCCCGUAGUCCAAAUAUGGAUGUUUUAAGUACCAUUGUCAAAAGAUGCUUCGAUAAGCAUAGACUUAGCAAUUUAACUGUUAAAAAGGGAAAAUAUGUUUCAAGAAUUCCAAUGCAAGCUGCUAGAGAGGGUACUGAAAUAACGUUCUGCUUAUAUGUUCCCGAAGAUUUGGCCAAAGACAUAAAAUCGAUCGAGCUAUCUUUAUUGUCCAAAAUGACAUAUUCGUCGGAUAUGGAAAAAAAAGGCAAAAUGUGGAAGACGUCAAUUGUCUUUCCAGAGCCAAAGGGUGAAAUUUUGUACAACUACAAACUACACAUCGAGAAAACAGUUUUACACUUUUUUAGCAGGGUUGGUGAAGUAGUGGAUCGGGAACAAAGAAAAAUUUGUUGGGGCAAUAUUCAAAGAGAUAUACUUUCCCUAACUAAUGAUCCCUUUAAAGAGACAGACAAAGACAGGGGUAUUGCUGCGCAUAUUAAAGAAAUUCUUCAAGAGCCCACAUAUAAAAUUCAAACUUCAUUUCUCGAGACUGACAGUCUCAUGUCAAGAAACUCACUUAAAUGUCUUCACUGGGAUGGAGCAUUUAUAAAUAUCUUGAAUGAACAAAUCACCGAACGCAUAUGUUUUCUUCUUUUACAUUGCACUCAAACAAAGCAUGUUACCAGUAAAUUGUUCAAGGAUAUGAAUACUGCAAUGAAGAUCUGGGCAACGGUUAAACAGAUUGGCCAAGAUUCAAAAGAUAUUUGUAUCAAGUUUGUUUGGGAAAUAUUUCAGAUUUAUGAAGCUUCUAGUUCAACAAAACGUUCACCUCUGCAUUUUAUAAAUGAUACAAAGUCUCUACUGGAUAUACCAGCAUUACACAAAGUUCUGCUUUCGAGAUCUUCUUUUCCUGUUCAUAAUUGCAGCGAAUCCAAAUCAUGCCUACAAAGAGCUUUAACAUUUAUUUUAAAUCAAGAUGGAGAAAGCAAAAUGCUGCAUGAUUUGGUUUCUCUGAUAUUUGAUUGUAUACCAGAAAGAGAAGUUUUAGAAGGAUUUAUGAUUUUAAAAGAAUUCAGUGCUCCAGCAGAAAAGAAAGAACUCUCAGAAAAUACACAAAAGCACGUCUUAGCACAUAUUGAAAAGAUAAUGACAAGAAAAGUCAAAUCUUCAGACUUAAGAGCAAUAAGUGAUAUCAUCUCAAAAGCAGAGGGUGAUUCAAGGAUCGCAUUGCUUUCCCACUGUGAAAUGGAAAUAGUAUCUCAAAUUAAAAACUCAGAGAAUUUUCGAUUCAAUAUUUGGAAGGAUCUAGAGGACCUCUGUAAAGAGAAUAUGUUGUUUCAAACGAUUGACCAACAAAUAUUGCUACUAGAUGCAGUGUUGAAAAUGCCUUUACUUAAAAUACCAAGAAAUUUCAUCAAAUUCGUGUUGACGAAUUUCCACAAUAUAUGGUGUGAGAGUGCAAAAGAAACAUUGGAAAAUGCUUAUGAAGUAUUACUUAGAACAGUGCAUGGUACAUUUACAGAAGCAAAGUUGAUAUCAUAUUUUGAAGAAUAUGAUUCUUUGCCUAAAAAUUGUUUCUUUGAAACUAACAGGGAGCAUUUCGAAAGAAGAUUUAGGUCGCAUGUUUUACAAUAUCCUAACAGUAGUAUACUCAAAAUACAUGCAAAUGUAGAAAAUCUUCAAAUUGCAACAAUUGACUUAUACUGUCAUUUAUUAAAAGCUCAAUUGAAGAAUCAGACGUUCCUGACAAAGUUUGACUUUUUUGAAAAAUACUGGAAAAGCCUAGAUACAAGAGGGAUAGAAGAGGUGUUCAUUUUAUCACUAGAAAAUUGUAAAGUUGAUCCAACUUCAUCAGAGGAAGAGUUAAUUGAUCAUGCAAUCAAACAUGUCAGGUUUUGGACAUACAUACUGGGAGCAAAAGGAAAACAAACAACUAAAUUAGAAAAACAUCCGAUGUAUUUAUUGAUGAAACGUCUGUACGCAGAGAUGUUUACAAAUCUUCAAAAUGAUCAAUAUGACUAUUUAUUUCUGCAGAAGUUAAAAGAAGAUAGCGAAAUAAAAUUAGUUGAUGUUUUUGUAUUAGUAGUUGAGGGUUCAAAAUCUCACAUUCAGGAUUCAUUUAAAAAGGCGUUGAAUUUUGUUGAUAGGGCAUGCACAGAUUUAGAGCUUAUCACUAACGUCUGUGCAGAGGUUUCUGCAAGGCUACCUCUGAUCUACCAUCAGGUUCUAGAUGACAAUACACAGUAUUUAAGAAAUAUCGAGGACAACUUAAGAGCGGGGAAGUUGAAGUUCCGUGAAUUUAAUGAUCUCGGUAUAUUUAAAAGCGGUGAUAUGAAAUCUGAGAAAAAUCUUCUGGAAAGUUGCAAAGAUAUUGAACAAUUUUUGCCCAUCGAUUCAUUCUGGAGAAACAGUGAAGUUUUCUUUCAUCAUCAAAUGAGUGAUGUUUUGGAAGAGGGAAAACAAAAAUUUCAUGAAUUAACAAAUGAAAAACAAACACAACUUUUGUUAGGAUUUCUUUCUACAUUUUGCAUUUCCAAUUUUAAAGAGAGAAUGAGAAGCUUAUUGAAUCACGAUGUACCAAUACCACAGCUAUUUCAAUUGUUUUGUAAGAAAGAUUUGACGGCUAAAAAUUUGUCUUUGGAACUUGAUCAAAUUGCAAAGCUUAUUGGAUAUGCAGAAUUUCGGUAUGAAAGAACGAGGGCAAUCAUACAAUGCUUAGAUUUAAAUAGAAAUUCCGAAAAAAUUGCUGCGUUGAGAAAAUUUCAGUCUGCUAUCUGUUCGGAAAUUGACAGCAAGUGUCAGGGCCAAAUUCAAGAUUUUGAAGAAAUACAGACCAAUUAUGCAGAAUCAAGAUGGUCAAUGCUGGAGGCAUAUUCUUUCAUUAUGGAUAUGGAAUCCUCUGUACUAAACUUUAGUGCAGAUGUGAUGGCUGUGAUGAUUGAGUACUCAAUUUCAGAAAAUCUUAUAUCAUUCCUGAGAGAAAUCAUGGAAGAAGACAUAAGAAAUCUUAUGGAUGCUGUUGAGGGAGAAUACUUUGAUCAAUACUUGCCUUUAGUUUCACAUCUAGUCGAAGUGAAAGAACUUUUACUUCCAGUUUUAAAGUUACCAAAAGGAACAGAUAUCACAGUUUAUACAUCAAAAAUUGAGAAUAGUCUACGGAAAACAGAAAUCCAAAAGGCAGCAGUGAAAAUUGCUCAGUGCUCGAAAGAAUUAGACAGUCUAAAGAAUUUUUAUAAAGCCUUUGCAAACAAAACUGAAAAAACAAAAGACAGAAUUGAAAAUAUACUCGACAAGGGGAAGUUUCAUUUCAAACUGAGUGAAAAAGAAUGCACAGUAGAAAUAUUGUGUAUAGAUAAUACGAUGUAUACUGCAUCUGAUUUAAGCGAUUUAAGAAGUAGAGCGCUUCUUAUUCAAAGCAGGUUUGACAAGAAACUUAUAUUACCAUCUGCUUCGUCUACUAUGACUAAAACCUUGAGUUUCUUUUUGGAAAAAGUUGAUGCCGCUACAGAAAUUUUGGAAACCUAUCAGCGACUAAAAAUGCUUGGACAUCCUUUGUUUGAAAUUGUUGAUUCAAAUAUUGAAAUGAGUGAUCUGGAAUGGGAAAAAGCACAUCUUUGCAAAAUAUAUGAUGAGUGGGGAAACGAUUUGGAUGAAUAUCGAAAAAAAUUUUCCUGUCUGAAAUACAUUAAGUCUGAACAACUUCAACUUUUGUUUGAAUAUACAAAAAGCUUUGCACAAAUUCGUGAUGAUGAAAACCAAACAAGAAAAAGAGCUGAUAUUAAAUCAGUUUUGUGGUAUCUUCAUCCAGAUUUGGAGUUUUCUAUGAUAGAUGAGGGAUGCAUAUCUGGUGAUGAUUCUCCACGACAGAAUUUAGAUAUGGUUGCACAUUGUCUUGAAGAUAAUUUCAUGAAUCUAAAGCCCAAAGGACAGGUUUGUCCAAUAACCAUUAAAGCUGAUUCUUCAAAUAUAAAGUUUUCAAAGAACUUGAAUUUCAUUUGUGUGGAUAAAGACAUUGGAGUGGGGCCUAAUUUGAUUUUGGGCUGGUUCCUAAUGAAAUGCAAUACAUUACCACUUCCAAGCCAAGUUGUUGUUUGUAAUGAGAAUACAUCGUGGGAUGAGCUGUAUUUGUUGUUGUUAAGAAGUAGAGAACGACCUAACGCCUCAGACAAUUGCUUCUGCAUUGCAUUUUUGGAAUUACUGUCUGUUGAAAACCAAGGAAUGCUGAUACAUGAGAUAGAAAAAUUUGAUUGGAAUAAUUCCUCACUGAGUUUGAUAUACAGAGGCCGGCAGACAGACUCCAUUCCUACUUUAUUUAAAGAAUUUGAAAUGUUUUUACAACCAUUUGAUAGAGCACAAAUGGAAAGCAUUCUGCGGACAAUGUUUCCAAAUGUCAUGGUUUUUACAUCAGAUUUGCCUGGAUUGGGUAAAACAGAACAAAUACGCGAUUUCGCGUCAUCGUUUGAGAAAGGUGUUAAAAGUCUUCACAUCAGUGGUGCGAACAGAAAAUCUCAAUUAAUUCAGCGUCUUAAGGAACUUGAUUUAAAACCUUACGAGUUACUUCAUAUUGAAAUAGGACUUGCUGAAAGGCCAGAGGAACUGGAUAUUUUCUUAUUUGAACUUAUUAUAUUACGAUAUGUGUCCUUUUCCUCUUUGUCUUAUGUAUUGCCAGAAGCAUUUAUGGCUAUUGAAAUCACAAAUUGUCCCAGCCAAAUGAUGGUAAAUGGUAUGCCAUUCUCAAUUUGCUUUUCAAGAAAACAUUUGAAGUGGGAAAAUUAUGAAAAUUAUAAAUGUCAGCAAGUUCCAAACAGCCCAGUUCAAGUUGCGUGUGCAUACCUCAGUAGACUUGAAACGGGGGAUUUAAACGCUGAUAUUGUUUUAUCAAAAACUGAAUUGCUAAAUGAGAAUAAAUGCCAAAUGCUUUUGCAAAAAUAUUUUCCUUCAUUUGAUGGAAUUAACUUUACAAUUGUGGACGCUUUUGUGUCAGUCCUUGGCAACCAACUGAAAAAGUUUUCGGCAAGCACCUAUUUCAAAAAAACAAAUUUGAGUUUGAUGAUUGGUGAGGAAAAUACAUCUGCUGUAAGAAAAAUAGUCCUUGAAUCGCUUAUUCAGUUCUCAAAAGAGUUUGCAUCAAGAUCAAUUGCAUCAUGUCGGGAUUUACAGCACAGGACUUUUGAAUACUUUAACACGCAACUAGUUGAUAUAAAAAAGGCUGUGAAAAAUCUUGCAACACGGACUGAGGGAAUGAUAAGAUGGGAAAAGAGCAACCACUUGAUUGUAGUAUUCCAUAGUCAGGACAGUCAGACUGUAUCUGCUGUGUAUAGAUGUCUAGAAAAUGUUCCUCCCAAUAUCGAAAACAUGUUUAAAAGCCAGAUUCAAAAAGCUUUGCCAGACUAUGCAAACAUGGAAUCAGAAAAACUUUUAGAAGUUAUUGUUAAAAUAACGCGUACCAAACAGAAACAGCUUUCAAGAGAACAAAUAUCUACACUGGCCCAGGGUUACGCAUAUACCCCAGAUAACAUGCUAAAAAUGAUGAUGAUUGCAUUAAGGCUUCAGUCUAAUAUUCCAGUAGUUGUGAUGGGUGAAACAGGGUGCGGAAAAACAUCUCUUAUUAGAAGGCUGGCAGAUAUUUGUGAAGUUAAACUAAAGGUUUUGAGUGUCCAUGCUGGCAUCACAGAAAAAGACAUUAUAGAUAUUGCUCUCUCUGCAAACAAUACUGCUGAGAAUAGUAGAGCUGGAGAAGUAUGGUUGUUUUUUGAUGAACUAAAUACAAGUGAACAUGUGGGGCUAAUAUCUCAUAUUGUUUGUCAUAGAGAAAUAAAUGGGAACACUUUUUCUCCAAACCUAUUAUUUAUUGCUGCUUGUAAUCCGUAUAGAAUGCGAGAAACCAAUAGGUUUACAAAAGGACUUAUAGGCAAGCUCUCAGAAGACGCCUUAUCAUUGCUGGCCUAUAGAGUACAUCCUUUGCCGGAAAUGAUUCUUGAUUUUGUUUGGGAUUAUGGGUCACUUUCCCUUGAAGAAGAGGAAGCAUACAUUAAAAGAAUGGUUGAUUCAUUUAUAUUCAGGCGACAUAGAAAUAUACUUGUAUCGUUACUUGCAACGUCUCAAGAAUUUGUAAGAGAAAAAGAAGGGACGUCUUGCACAGUAAGUUUAAGAGAUGUCUAUCGGUGUAUCAGUCUGAUCAAGUGGUUUGAAAAUGAAUUCAUUCCUUAACAGCAUCCGGAAAUGGAAGAAACUGAUGUUAUUUUAAGAUCAUUUAUCAUGGGUCUUACAGUCUGUUAUUUAUGCCGUUUCUCAAAUUCUAAUGAUCGAUUGGCAUACCGAGAAAGAUUAUCUGGUGUAUUUGCAUCAAAGUUUAUCAACACUUAUCCUGAGAAGAAAAUAAAUCAAUAUAUAAGAGAUGAACAGAAUGCUAUUCUUGACAGAAUGGACAUUCCAAAGGGAACAGCAAGAAAUACAGCUUUGCAAGAAAAUAUUUUUGUUAUGCUGAUAUGCAUUCUGAACAAACUACCUCUUUUCAUUGUUGGAAAACCAGGUUGCAGCAAAUCGUUAUCAAUGCAGCUAAUUAGAAACAAUAUGAGAGGGAAAGAUUCGAAAGAUAGAUUCUUUCAAAAGUAUCCCAGACUUUUCUAUUCUUCAUUCCAAGGAUCAGAGUCAUCGACUUCCGAUGGAAUUAUCAAAGUGUUUGAACGUGCAAUGAAAUUUGAGACACAAGAAUGCGAUGUUCUGUCCCUCGUUAUUCUUGAUGAAAUUGGCUUAGCAGAAAUAUCCAGAUUCAAUCCAUUGAAAGUGUUGCAUUCUUUGUUGGAACCUGAAAAAAGAGAUAGACCAGAGGUAGCGGUUGUUGGAAUUUCUAACUGGUCUCUUGAUUCCGCAAAAAUGAAUAGAGCAAUUCAUUUGUCAAGGCCAGAUAUGGAUGAAGAAGAGCUUUUUCUUACCGGACAGUCUAUAAUGGAAUCGGUAGCUGGUCACGUAAGUUUAGAUACAGUUCUCAAAGACAUUGCAAAAGCAUAUUCAGACUAUGUUGAUCAGCAACCAAUAAAGAAUUUUCACGGAUUACGAGAUUAUUACUCGUUCGUUAAAUAUAUUUCCAGAAAGUUUAAAAAUAUGAACCUUGCAGUGAAUAAAGUGAAUAAAGACGACGAAAAAAGAAAGUUACUUUUGAAAGGCGUGUUGCGUAAUUUUGGAGGACAACAGAUGAACAAUGACACGAUGCAAACAACAUUUUUUCACAGAAUGUUAUUGAAAGAUUUACCAAUCUGUGAAACAAAAGAACUCAUCAAAGAGAACUUGAUAGACAGUGAAGCUAGGCAUUUGAUGUUAAUUCUUGAUGGGGACUCAGCUCUUGGAAAUAUUGAAAAUAUCAUAAAAAAUAUUGGUAAGGACUUCACAACCAUAUUAGGUAGUAAGUUUCCGGAUGAUGAAGAUGACGAGUAUAAUUACAGAGUACUAAACAGAAUAAUUCUAUGCAUGGAACAGCCACAGGUUCUUAUUUUAAAAGAUUUGGAUGACAUAUACGGCAGUCUGUAUGACAUGUUGAAUCAGAAUUACACUAUUGUGCAAGGAAAAAAACAUUGUCGAGUUGCACUUGGACCCUUUAGCAAUCCAACAUGCGAAGUGAAUGAUGACUUUAAGUGCAUAGUAAUCAUUGAUGAGUCCAACAUUACAAAUACAGACCCUCCUUUCUUGAACAGAUUUGAAAAACAACAGUACCUUCUAAGAGAUAUCUUAAAACCAAAUAAUGUAAGAUUAGCCGAGUACGUUGAAUGCUUUUUCAAUGACUUGUCAUCAUACAGGGAAUCAAAUAUUCUUUUUAGUGCACGAGAUUCAUUUCCUGUUGCAGGAAAAGAAAUGUUUACCUCGCUUGUCACUCUUGUAGAACAGAAACUUGCUAGUUUGUACGGAAAAUCAACGUCAACGACUGAAGUCCUUUACUAUUGUAUUUUAGAGCUGCUGUGGAUAUUGAAACCAGAUUGCAUUCUCAGAGCAAACAUAUCUGACGCUUGGACAAAAUCUAGAAACUCAGUAAAGUUUCUAAUUGCUAUGUACAUGAACUUACCCAUUCACAAUGGAUUAGGUUAUUACUUACAAGAGGUAUGUGAUGCAGAAGAACUUUCUUUUUUCCAUGGAGAUGUAAACAGGAAACAGGAAAGUCUUUGUAGACUAGUACCGUUUGAACUUAAAGAACUAAGGGACACGUAUUUAAGUGAAACAGAAGAUGAUGAUUCCAUUUUCGAUGAUUUAAAGGAAUAUUAUAAGGAAAAUGCAUCCGAAACAUCCGAAAAUGAGUGGCAUGCCCCAUUUGAAAUGGAAGAAAACCUUGAUUUCUCUGAUAAUUCUUCUGAUAUUUAUUUAGAAAAUGUUGUUCAUGAAACUGGUCAAAGAGGAUUUUCACGAAAGUUAAUACAUUACCAACAGAUACAUGGUCUGCGAAAAUCAGAUGGAUAUGGAGCAAAGUUGGUCGUCUUCACCUUCUCGACAAUUUAUUGUAAAAUUCAUGAUACAUUAGCUAAUAUAGACUAUUCGCUUCACAAACUUUCCGAAUACAAAUCAGAGAAGAAUUUUUCAAAAGACAUUGAACAAUUUUUUGAAUCAAGUAAAAAAAAAUGGUUUGUGCUUCAGUGCGACAUGAAAUCCGAUUAUCAUCACAUUUUGCUGACAAAAUCGAUUGUAGAGAACAGCAGAAAACGAUUAACAAAUAAUAAUGGGACAAAACAUGUGUGUUUUGUGAUUCAUAUCACGAGGAAUACCAAUGCCUUUCAUAUGUUCAACAAGAUUAAUUUUUCUUCAGGGUGGACACUAGCAACAUUAGAUGCUAUCGAAAAACCGAUUUUUGUCUUGCCAGAUCUCUACAACAAGCCUGCUCUUGAUGUCCUUGGAGCCAACGAACAAGAAUUCGCGGAAUUAAUUGUUAAAGAAUUGCCUUGGGCAUCUGCCAAAAUUCAAUACCAAGGUACUUCAGACAACAUUACAAAUGUUCAAACACUUAAAAAAUCUAAGUGUGCACUGGAAUUUUUUUCGGAACAAAUUCAAGCUUGGAUUAGAAGACACAGUGAUAUAGAAGAUAACAUGGACUGGCAACAUAAAGCAGCUUGUGACAAACAUCUUCUUGAAACCUCAGCAACACUGAUUGGAACUCUGGAAAGUCAUUUGUCAAGUUUAAUUCAAAAACCCCUUGGAAGAAUUCUGUAUUCUGUUGAAAGUGCGGGACUCAUGUUAUGUCUUCUUUCUUUUGAUGACUUGAAACCAGAAUUAAAAGACGUUUUCCGCAAAGGAUGUGAAUGUCAAGACUUAUACAAUGUCGAUGCAGUACCACCCCCAUCUGGUCCAGGAUGCUAUCUUAUUAAUCUCACACACAACCAAAUGAAGGUUCCCUUUUCAAAACUUAUAUUUGAAAACUUUGAAAAUUACAAAGCUGAAGUUCUUGGAGACGUUCGAAGAACAAAUAUCAUUCCUGGGCAUUUUCAAGUUGCAGAUGAUGAGGUAUUAAAGGAAACAAUGCUAGCAAUUGUUCGUGCGUACUCGGAUUUGAUAAUGAAAGAAACUCAUCUUUUUGAUGUCCUUACAUUUGAUCAUAUAGUUGAAGAUUUGAGAAACGACUUUUGUCAGUUUGCAACAUCUUCUAUAAAAUGCCGCCUUUCAGGAGAAGAAAAAGCUAAUCUGAUGAAAUGGAUACUCAAUCGUCUUACAGGAAACAAUGUAAUUUAUGACGUCGGUACUUUUUUAAUGACUCUUCAUCUGUGGACUUGGACAUAUUUUCAAAAUAUUAUUGGUAUUUUCCAUUUGGUAGAUUCAUGGAAAACUCAUGAUAAGUGUAACGAUGCUUUAUCCAAUCUUUUAUAUCGAUCAGAGAAUGAAAAAACAUUGUUAGAGAGUCUACAAACCUUUGUUGACUUUAUUUGUGAAGACAUUUUGUCACAGUGUGUAGAAUUGAAAAAAAGUGAGAUAAUAGAAUGGCAAGAAGGGGUCUUCAAGUUCAUGACUAUCAUAGGUGAAAUAGGUAUAACGUCACACAAAACAGAAACUCUGAAAUUUUUAAAUGAUUUUGUAUCGGUGAUAUUUAUACCAACAAAAUGUGAUUUCUCUCAUCUGAAUCAGUUUGCGAUAUGUGUUUCAAGUUGUAAUUGGGAUUUGAACAAACUGAGUGUAUUCGAAUCCUUGUGGAACCAUUUGAAAUUAUUGAGCGAGCGUGUAAGUGCUUUAGAGUUACAACAAAUAGCCUGCUCUUUUAUUUCAAGAUGUAACGGAAUCAAUGUAAACGAUGAUUUGGAACAAAAGCAGAUUAACUUAAAAGCUAUUGAUGUAAUAGCAAAUGGAGAAAUGUUUGAUGAAUCCUUAAAAUUUUACAAUCAUUGCUUGAAGUUGAGUCUUGUUGACUACUUUCCAGAUGAAGAGGAGGAUUUUGAAUCUAAUUCGUUCCUACAAAUGCUUGAAAACGACAUCAGCAAAGACAAUCUGGAUGAUUAUUUGUAUGCAAUUCACAAUUUGCUAGGUGAAGAGAAUAAAACAACAUUCCCUUUGCUGUUUCUUUCAACAUUAGAGGAAGAAGUAUUCAAUGAAGUCAUUGGAAUUGAGAAACUGAUAAACAUUGCAACGCACAAUGAUGUCGUCUUAAGAAAACUCUUUCAAGCUCAAGAUGCAUUAAGAAGUCAGUGUAUUGGAAUGCGGCACAGUGCAGCAGUUGCUUACCUGAAAACGUUUUUGUCCGUUACUGCUACAUUGCUUUUUACCGCCACCUACAGGAAUAAAUUUGUGCUCUCUGCAAUCGAUCAAUUAAUGUGCAGUGGAACAAAAUCCAACGAGCAGAUAGUUGUGCAAAAAUACUUCUUGGAUUGUUUAAAACGACGUUCAGGAGACCUUGAAUUGCUUAAAUUGUCAGCAGAAUUAUCAGAGACAAUGCAAUUUUUUAGGACAAGUAGUUUGCUUCCAUUAGUGGAAAAUAUAGGCUGCUCGCUAGAGUCCCUUAAUCUGGCUAGAUAUUGUCUUUUACCUGAUUUAAUACUUCUUCAAUCCCUGAGUGAUAUAUCAGAAGAUGCCGGGUUUCUCAAAAGGCUCAUAGACAGGGAAAAGACUUCUGUAACGUCACUCUUGUGCUUCUUGCACAGUCGCCUUUUUUACGUCGAAUGUUUUACAAAGGUUGCCGAUUCAGAUCGUUUGCUUGUAAAAUCUUUGGAAAAAGUGAAUGCUUGUGUUGAAAAUGACAGAGUCCAACAGUUGAUAAAACAUCUAACUUUCCAGCGUGGCUGCAAGAGAGAUAUUCUGAGACAAAGUGUACAGAAAUCGGCAGAGGGCACAUCUUUGACAUCAUUUUUGAUCCAUGUUGUCAGCUUAAUUUUGAUUCACGAAUCUAAAAGUAGUACUCUAUAUAAAGCAGCCAUUUACCACGAAGUUUCAGAAUGUACACAAAUCGAAAGAAAGACAUUGACUACAUUUCAAAUACGAACCUGCACAUGUAGUUAUCGAGUCAUAACUUCGGAAAAGUUGAGCUGUCCGUGGUGUUCUUCAAGCAACAUGUCCGAGCAUGCCAAGGUUGUAUGUCAACCACUUAAAACAGAACCAUUUUCCACAGUUGUUAGAAAUUUAUUGAUAGAUGCUGCUUUGGUAACAUCAUGCUUAUUUCAAGAUGUUCUCAGUGAAGUUGGAUCAAAAGAAGUCGAAUCCAGGGAGAAAAGCAUCCAAAUAAAUUGGCAAAAACUUCGAGAAUAUCUUCAGGUUAAUGAUAGUGAGCAAUGUCAGCUUCUGAUGAUUUUCUUGGAGAAUGUGAAGGAAAUAUUUUCGGAUUCAACUAUUUCUAAGACUGAAUGGAAUCCUAAAUAUGAUGAUGAACUGAGAAAAGUGUUACAGAACAGAUACCGGCAAAUGAGUAUGGACAAUAUAAGACAUGAUACAUUUUGUAAAGCAUUAGGGACAACAGUCGUUGUUGAAAAUGCAGAAGAAACUGAAAAUGUUAAAACAGGUCAAAUGUUUUUUCUAACAGAAAAACCAUCCAUUCAUAAUCUUUACUUAGAAUUGCAUAUGUCAAAGUCAGAAGAGAAGCACCCCUGUUUGAACAUGAUUUUGGAAAGCUUAGAAAUGCUUCAGUUUCCACAGUACAUCGAGAGCAUACUGCAAUGGCAUAGAUUGCUAAUAACUAGAUGCAGUUACAGUCUUAAAAAGGUUGACUGCAAGUACAUGUCAGUUGGCUCAUUCAUAAAUCAACAAAACAAAGAAACACAAAGAGACUUGAGAGAAAGUUUCAAGAUCUUUUCUGAUAAAUGGGGAGAAAUUGUUACCCUGAUUGCGAGAUUAGAAUAUCAUACAACAAAAUUGCCAUGUGUUGAGAAAAUCACGGAAGACUCAAAAAUGGACUUUUGUGUAUUGAAAGAUAAAACUUCCAAAGUUUUUCAAGUCUUACAUGCUUUAUGCUCAUUGCAAAACAAACUUCUUGAUACAAUAUUAGAAAUAUGUGUUUUAUUUGAGUGCAAAGCUCUUGGUUUCUUGUAUUUAGGACCUAAAAAAGCAGCAAUCCCAGUAGUUGCUUUAAUGGAUCUUCAGACAAAACAUAUAGUUAAAUCUAUAGUUGUUGACAAUGCUGAGAAAUUGGAAUUGUUUUCACAAGUCGGGUUUACAGCUAACACAAGAGGCACCGACUAUGAUUUCAGAAAAAUUGAAAUAGAGUGGGCCUUUAAGGUAUUCUAUAACAAGGCUUAUAUAUUGAUUGACGAAACAAUGAUGUUUAUGGAAUUUAAAGACGAUUUGUAUGGACAUUGUGUACAGCUUUUACAAAAGGUAUCAGCUCUCAUACCACAAACAACCAUUGAUUCUGCAAUGGAAGCAAAAAUCAAAGAGAGGUUAGAAGAUGAUUCAUCUCAGGGGUCACAGCUUCUAACUUUAAUUGGAACAAUGACAACCAUUAUUGUAAGAAGAAAAGCAACAGAAGGGCGUCUUCACAUGGCUGAAUAUGUUGGAAGAUUAGCGGGAUUGCAGCUAAUAGGACUUUCAAAUAGCUGUUUGUUACCCUUUACCGAGUAUGAUUUGACAUUGAAUAAAGUAGUUGCAUUCUAUACUCUUUUAGAAGAGAUAAAUGGUGAAAAAUAUUUCAGUGCAUUAAACAUCGAAUUCAGAGAUGCCAUGCAAAAUAGGACUAAACAACAAAUUAUACAUGAGGUUUGUGGAAGAAUCACCUUGCUUAGAGCAUGUGAGUCAGCAAUGCAUGUGUUUCUUCAUCGGUAUUUAUACAUCAGAGAUAACGAUAUCAGUCUACAACAGCCGAUAGCAGAUUACUUGGGCAGUACUGAACUGUGGAAAAACGCCCAGAUCUUGAACCAACGAAUUAUACUGCCAAAUUUGGACUUCGAAAUUCUUUUGCAGGAUGUAUUUCCACAAGAACUUCUGAUCAGACAUGUAUACAAGUUUAUAGAGCUUCUGAAAGAACAAAUUAGGCUCCACCAAAUAAAAACCCGCAUCCCAAAAUUGUCACAAGGGUCAAGGAAAACCAACAAAAGAAAAGCAAUUGCUGGAAAUUUUUAGUUAUGAUCGAUUUCGUUGAGGUACAUUUUU